GCUGGCGACGAGGGCUCCAGGCGAGAAUUGAACUGGCUUAGUAAUCCAAGCUUCUCUACAGAAGAUGCACUUAAACUGCAUCAGCGCUCUAUAGAGGAUACAAAUUUAACCCCAGAGAGAUCGCCACUCAUAAGGAGUGUUUCAAGAUCAGAGCUAUUAGGAGGAAGUGAUACAAAUGAAGGUCUAAAAAAAACUACUAGGAAGAAAAAAGAGAAAAAGAAAAAGCAUCAUCAUCAUCACAAGAAAAUAAAAAAGAAAACCAGAGAAGAAUCAAGUUAUAGUGAGUCGGAAUCAGAUGCUGAAUAUGGGAAGGACAAACCUGUAGGAAGUGACAGAAACUGUGAAAGAGAAGCAUCAUCAUUGAGUCUAGAAGGCACAGCGUUAUCAAAUGUUCAAAACAGCCACUUCAUUUGGCUUGAUGAUAUCCAGGCAUUGACAGCAGAAACCUUCAGAAUAGACAAGAAACGAGAUCCUGCAAACUGGGAAUACAAGUCGCUAUAUCGAGGGGACAUAGCGAGGUAUAAAAGGAAAGGUGAUUCCUGCCUUGGCAUUGACCUAAAGAAGCAAUGCAUAACUUGGGAUAAUUCGACAGCAAAAAAGAAGCAAUCCCAGAAACGACUUAAUCGCUACUUUACAAAGAGUAGCUUGCAGUUGCUGAGGACAGAAGGGAUUCCUGUUUCAAGCAGAUGGCAGCCUGUUCACAGUAAAAGCCAAACUUCCCCAUCUAGCCCAUGCUCUUUUAUACCAGUUUUACAACUGGAGAGUGAUGCGCCUUCUGCUCCAUCUGGAGUAAAUCCUCUUGGUAUUUAUGAUCCAUUGACUACACUGUGGCUACAAGGCAAAGGUCCUUCAGAUGUUGAUGCUUUAAAGCAGCAGACAUCCCAAGGGACCAAAGACAACAUUAAUUCAAUUUUAAUGGCAAAAGUGGAAGAAUAUAACAAGAAGGUCAGAGAGAACCCAAGAGAUGUUCAUGCUUGGAUGGAAUUUGUUUCUUUUCAGGAUGAAUUAAUGAGAGGAUCCAGCCCUUAUUCUGUCAGUGAGGGAGAGCAGGAAGUAAGGAGAAAAUCACUCAAGCUAAUCCUUGAAAAGAAACUGGCCAUUUUAGAAAGAGCUAUUGAAAGCAAUCCAAAUGUUGUUGAUCUGAAACUUGCCAAACUGAAGCUAUGUACAGAAUUCUGGGAACCAUCAAUACUCAUCAAAGAAUGGCAAAAAUUGGUUUUUUUGCAUCCCAAUAAUCCAGGGCUGUGGCAGAAAUAUCUCUUGUUCUGUCAAAGCCAGUUCAGCACCUUUUCAGUUUCAAAAGUCCAUAGUUUAUAUGGCAAAUGCUUGAGCACUUUGGCAGCUGUACAGGAUGGCAGCAUGGUAUCACAUCCUAUACUGCCUGGCACGGAGGAAGCUAUGUUAGCUAUUUUUCUUCAGCAGUGCCAUUUUCUAAGACAGGCAGGUCAUUCGGAGAAAGCUGUGUCUUUGUUCCAGGCUCUGAUUGACUUCACCUUCUUUAAACCUGACAGUGUAAAAGAUCUCCCAACAAGAAGACAGGUGGAGUUCUUUGAACCAUUUUGGGACAGUGGAGAGCCUCGGAUUGGAGAAAAAGGAGCAAAAGGCUGGAAAGCAUGGAUGCAUCAACAAGAAAAGGGUGGCUGGAUUGUUGUCAGCAAGCCUGAUGAUGAUGAUGAGGAAGAUAUAGAUGAAGAUCAAGAAAUAAAGGAUAAAACGCUACCCAAAUGGGAAAUUUGGCUGGAUGUUGAAGGUUCUCGUGAAGCCAGGCAUUGGGUCCCAUGGCGGCCUGACAAAACAAAGAAGCAGACUGAAGAAGAUUGUGAAGACCCAGAAAGACAGGUAUUAUCUGAUGAUCUCGGGCCAUCUUUAAUCAAACUUUCUAAUCCAGAUCUUCAGAUUCAGCUGUUGUACUCAUUUCUGCAAUUUUUGGGAGUUCCCUGUGGGUGCAGUCUUUUUCCUUCAAGUCUUUACGUAGCUAUGGAUGAAAACAACAUCUUUGACAGUGGGCAGUUGGAUGAAAGGCCAUUGACCUCCUUUUAUUCAUCACUUGCUGGAGUUAGCAGCAUUGGCCACAUGGACACAAUGAUCAGGAGGAGACAGCACAUUGGUCAUUGUAAGGAAGGAGAGGAGUUCAUACAAAACCUAUUUCACAUAAUACUGCCAUUGUUUUCGGGAAAAGAGAAGAUUAACCUUUCUGAAUGUUGGUUACUAUAUGAAAUCUCAAAGAUCAUUCAGUGCCUCCAAGCAAAAAACAAGAAGAAAUUAAAGUUACAGGGAAAGAAGAGCAAAAGGCUAGCCAAGAAUCUCCUUAAGGCAUCUGAGAAUCGAAACAAUCUUUCCCUCUGGAAACUGUAUGCCUACCUGGAGUGGUUGCUUGGCAACAUAGAUGACGCUAGAAAAGUGUUUGAUGCAGCUCUUUGCAUGGCAGGAACUGAAGGGAUGAGAAAUUCCCAACUCUGUAAUUUGAGUCUUCUUUAUGCUCAACUGGAAGUUGAGCUGCUGGAAAGUCUAGAAGGAAUGGUCAUGUCACGUACCGUUCAUAUAUUAACCAAGCUGGUUGAAAGUGGACCAUAUGUACCCUAUAGUGGACAAGCAUUAUCUGUGAACAUCUUGAAAGCUCGAAAGACAUACGAGCAUGCACUACAAGACUAUUUAAGUAUGACACCAAUUUCUAGCCAGGGUCAAGCCAACAGUUGGAGCCAAAUGGUUAGUUUGGUUGGUUGCUAUGCACUCUUUCAGUAUUUGACUGUUGGAAUCGAUGCUGCUGUACUAAUAUAUAAACAGAUUUCUGAAAAACUGAAAGGUCUUAGUCUGCAGAAAUGUGAACGUGUUGGAGAAAAUCUUGGCAUUCAGAACUUCGCCACUCCUCUUGAGGCUGUCACAAUGAUGCACACAAAUUUACUCCAAUAUCACAUGAAAAUCAGCGUUUACUCUUUGAAUCCUCUGCGAGAGGCACUAACAGAGGCUUUGAAGCUGUAUCCUAGCAACCAGGCUCUUUGGAGGUCAUAUAUCCAAAUCCAAAGGAAGUCUCACAAUGCUAGCAAAGCACGAAGAUUUUUUCAUGCUGUCACAAGAUCCACAGAGUCCCUAGAGCCAUGGCUAUUUGCAAUUCAAGCAGAGGAAAUGAGAAAAAAGCUUGUGGAGAAUGUCCAGAGGGCAAAUAUUGGAGAAAUAUAUUCAACCAUUCCUGAAACUGGAUUAACAAAUCGGAUCAUAGCUUUAUUUGAUCAUGCAGUUCAGAGUGAAAAUGGUGCCCAUUGUCCAUUGCUGUGGAGAAUGUAUUUGAACUUUCUGGUUUCUCUAGGAAAUAAAGAAAGAAGCAAAGGAGUAUUUUAUAAAGCCAUUCAAAACUGUCCUUGGGCAAAGGUGCUGUAUAUAGAUGCGGUAGAAUAUCUUUCAGAUCAGCUGCAAGAGAUGCUUGACUUAAUGACUGAAAAAGAAUUAAGAGUCCGGGUACCAAUAGAAGAGCUGGAGCUGCUACUAGAAGUUUAAAAUAAAUUUGUACAACAGUGAAACACAUGGAAAAGAUGUGAGAGAAGCCAAUUUGAACCUAGGUCUUUAAUAUACUAUGCACAUACUUUUUCACUAAGAAUAAUUAGCUAAACUUUGCUGCUGCUGUGCAGUAAUCCUGCUGUAAGUAUCUUGUGGUGCUCUUUGUUGCAUAUGUGAAAACUUCUGUUUUUCUGCAAAGUGCAGUGGCAUCCAGAAAAUGAGACUACUGAGACCUAAUUUGCUGUUGGGGUUCUUCUGCAUUGCUUACAUUACUGUUUAAAAUGACAUUUCCCAGAAUUCAGUAGAGUCAGUACAUGCCUACUGCAGCUUGCCAAGCAACGCAGGAAGUAACAUCUGCCGUACAUGUCUUCUACAAUCUGCUGCAGUCAACAAGCUAAAUAGCAACAUGAUGUGCAUGUAUAUAAGAUCCACAUACAGUACAGUAAAAGCUGUAUUAACCAGCAUUUUAGUAACCAGUACACUUGGCUAACUGGAAUUUCUGGCUAGCUAGAUGUGGCGGGGAGGAGCUCACAUGUGGCAGCCGCCACCAUCACUCAAACAACAAUUAGCUGAAACUUUGUUUGAUGAAACAGUUUUGGAUUUGCAUUUGUACAUAUUGAUAAAUGACCAUUGCAAUGUAAAUAUUCAUGAAAAAUAUAUUGGACAUUUUUUUA